AUAUUUGGCAGCUACCACUCAUUGUACCAGGUGACAGACGGUUAUUAUCAUCAGAGCAGAAAUUUAUUGACUGAGCCAGAGUGUGUGGAGUGGGAAAUUCAAGUAUUGCUGUCACCAGUUUUUCGCUUUCAUUGUAAAAAGUCAUUUGUCAUAAACUGACGUUAUUUGUCCGUUUAUUGCUGCCAAUAAGUAAGCAAACACAGUUGGAAAUAUGGCUAUGCAAAGGUACGAUCGUGAAACUCUCUUCUUUUUCGCCUACCAUUUCAACAAGAAUCACCGUGCUAUUGCUGUAGCAUGGGCUGUGUUGUCCAUUGUCUUCUGCGUCCUCGUAUGCUUGGCCUUCACCCAGCCACAAUGGAUCGGUGAUACUGAAGACAGCCCAGGCUUCGGGCACAUGGGAGUCUACCAGUAUUGCCUCCCUGAUGACAUUGAUGCGUCGUACAACUGCGAGGGCUCAUUCACGUCCUUCGAAACAAUCCUGACUGACGAGUUCAAGGCGACGACAGUGUUCGUAGGAGUGUCGGCUCUCUUCAUGUUGAUCGUUGUUGGUGCUCUGGUCAUGUUCUUCUGUUUCAAGAAGGGUUACGUCUUUGUCAUCUGUGGAGUCUUGGAAUUGAUGACAGCAAUAUUUAUGUUCCUGGCAUGUGUCAUCUAUCCAGCUGGAUGGGACAACAAACAGCUGAUGGAGAUCUGCGGCGAGAGCUCCGGCCCAUAUAAUAUGGGCAAGUGUAACAUCCGCUGGGCGUAUAUCCUGGCUAUCCUCGGAAUUUUCGACGCCGCAAUCUUGGCUGUACUUGCGUUCUUCCUCGCAUCGAAACGGGCAAAGAUUGAGAUGUACUCAUCAUCCGGUGCUGUUACCAAGUCGGAGCUGAACGGGUUUGGAGCUGAGACGAUGUCGAAGAGGUCAAUGCCGAUCCAACCGGCCGUCCUUGCUGUGCCCUCGGUCCACCACGAUCCACGUGAGAGCUACUCUGAAUACUCUCAAGUCCAGAAACGUCCUGGCUCACAGUCCAACUUCAACCUCUAAAGCAACGCAGCAGCUGAAAAUCAGAGAGAAGAAAACAAAAAGUGAAAACAUUUUAAGCUCGACCAACAUAGUGUAGCAAAAUUAUAAUCCAAUAUUUUUCUCAUUAUUUUUCUACUACACUAAUAAAUUUGAUUUUUUUUACUGAUUGUUCUAAGAUAACAAUAAAUAAAUCAAUUAUUUGCUACUUGCAGAAAUGCAAAAAUCAAACUUGUUUCAUGCUUUUCGAACAUCGUAUCUUACCGAAAAUGAAAGGAACUAUUUUACUGAGUAAUGCUCUUUUGCUUCAGUUGAUAUAACAUACAAAUUCUGAGACAUUUCUUAUUGAAGUGUGUUCAUUUUGUGAUGAUAUCAGAAUAUUGUUUGAAUAAUACAGUUUUGUAUUGCAGUCUAUUGCAUAUAUAUUAUACUCACACAUUUGUCUCUGUAUUUAAAUCUAUGUCCCUAUUGUGAAGAGGAAAAAACAGCCAACGUUAUGGCUUGUAUUAAGACAUCUUAAACAUUCUUUAAGGUAAUUCCAUGCAGAGAACUUUAAUGUAUUUACCGUAAUACUCAUUUUAAUUCAUAGUUAUUGCAAAUCAAUUCGAGCUGUGAUUUUGAGAAUGUUUGUUAAUGAGUGUUCAGAAUGUAUCUAUCAUUUAUAUAUUUCCAGUAUACGAGAGAAUGUGGGACCAAUAGCAUUUAGAUUUAUGUGAAUUAAAGAUCUGGGCAAGAAAAGUGAUUUUAAAUCAGAUCAAAGAAAACAAAGUAUUUUAGAUAUAAUAAAGCGAUUUUAUCAUAUGAUAAGUGAGAUACUAAAGAAAAUGGCUUAAGUAAGGCAAUGACUUUAAGUUUUAUGAAAACCAGCCCAGACAUAAAAUUCACAUUUACAUUUCAUGCUACAACCUAAGGAAAUACUUUUUAAAAAAAAACUUUUUUUCAGAAACCAAACAAAGAUAAUUGUGCUAGAAUAAAAGUGCGCUAUUUUACUUUCAUUUUGAGAAAUUGUAAAUAUUCUUAUUUUGUACCCACAUUUAUUACAUGAGAGCUUUAUGUAUAUAGACAAAAAUUUUGUAAAAAAAAUUCUGGCCUUAAUCAUUUUCAAGUUUAUCAUCUCUUAAAACCAAGGAAAAUGAAUUUCAAAAUAUCAAAAUGUCAAAAAAGUAAACAAUACUGUCUCAUAAAAACAUUUAUCUUUUUAUUACAGCUGGGUCAUAAUAUUUACUAAUAACAUUCCCAUGACAUUGUUUCCUUAUAUUUCAAGAACUGUUGUUUGUUGAGCUGCAAAAUAUAUUGUCAUAGCAAUUUACUAUUUUUGUAUAAAAUAAAAUACUUUAGGCCUUA